UACUUUCAGUCUCCUACUCAGGACGAUGAAAGUCCUUACUUAUAUUUUAGUUUAUCGCCGGUUUCUCCUUAUAGUUUUCACUCUGUUGGUUUUACUGCCGUUGCCAGUCAUCAUUCGCACCAAGGAAGCAGAAUGUGCCUACACACUCUUUGUCAUUGCCAUAUUUUGGCUUACAGAAGCUUUGCCUCUAUCAAUAACAGCUUUACUGCCUGGUUUAAUGUUUCCACUUUUUGGGAUCAUGACUUCUAAGAAGGUGGCAUCUGCUUAUUUCAAAGAUUUUCAUCUACUGUUAAUUGGAGUCAUCUGUUUAGCAACAUCAAUAGAAAAAUGGAAUUUGCACAAAAGGAUUGCCCUGAGAAUGGUGAUGACGGUGGGUGUGAACCCAGCAUGGCUGACACUGGGAUUCAUGAGCAGUACCGCCUUUUUAUCCAUGUGGCUUAGCAACACCUCCACGGCUGCCAUGGUGAUGCCCAUCGUUGAGGCUGUGGCACAGCAGAUCAUCAGCGCCGAAGCCGAGGUCGAGGCCACUCAGAUGACUAGUAUCAGUGGAUCAGUCAACCAUGGACUGGAAAUUGAUGAAGUUGUUGAAACAAAUGAGAAGAAAGAGAAACCAAUACCAGUUCCAGGAUACAGUAAUGAUGCAGGAAAAAUUUCAAGCAAGACAGAGCUGGAAAAGAACUCAGGCGGGGGAACCAAGUAUCGAACAGAGAGGGACCACAUGAUGUGUAAACUUAUGUGCUUGUGUAUUGCUUACUCUUCUACCAUUGGAGGAUUGACAACCAUCACCGGCACUUCUACCAACUUGAUCUUCGCUGAGCAUUUCAAUAUGCGCUACCCUGACUGUCAUUGCAUUAACUUUGGAUCAUGGUUCAUGCUUUCCUUCCCGGCUGCUAUUAUUAUUCUGUUAUUGUCCUGGAUCUGGCUUCAGUGGCUUUUCCUAGGAUUCAAUUUUAAGGAGAUGUUCAAAUGUGGCAAGACCAAAACCGCCAAACAAAAAGCUUGUGCUGAGGUGAUUAAACAAGAAUACCAAAAACUUGGGCCACUGAGGUAUCAGGAAAUUGUGACCUUGGUGCUCUUCAUUGUAAUGGCUCUGCUGUGGUUUAGCCGAGAUCCUGGAUUUAUUUCUGGUUGGUCUGCACUUUUUCCCAAGUAUCCUGGUUUUGCUACAGAUUCAACUGUUGCCUUACUUAUAGGAAUCCUAUUCUUUCUUAUCCCAGCUAAGAAAUUGACUAAAACUACACCUACAGGAGAAAUUGUUGCUUUUGAUUAUUCACCACUGAUUACUUGGAAAGAAUUCCAGUCAUUCAUGCCCUGGGACAUAGCCAUUCUCGUUGGUGGAGGGUUUGCCUUGGCAGACGGCUGUGAGGAGUCAGGACUAUCUAAGUGGAUAGGAAAUAAAUUAUCUCCUCUAGGCUCCUUACCAGUAUGGCUAAUCAUUCUGAUAUCUUCUUUGCUUGUCACAUCUUUAACAGAGGUAGCCAGCAAUCCAGCUACCAUUACCCUUCUUCUCCCUAUAUUAUCUCCAUUGGCUGAAGCCAUUCAAGUGAACCCUCUUUAUAUUUUGUUACCUUCUACUCUGUGUACUUCAUUUGCAUUCCUCCUUCCAGUAGCAAAUCCGCCCAAUGCUAUUGUUUUUUCCUAUGGCCAUCUAAAAGUUAUUGAUAUGGUUAAAGCUGGACUUGGUGUUAACAUUGUGGGUGUUGCUGUGGUGAUGCUGGGCAUGUCCACCUGGAUUGGGGCUAUGUUUGACCUCUCUACUUACCCUUCCUGGGCUCCACCAAUCAGUAAUGAGACUAUGCCAUGACAAGCAUGAAUCCUAUGACUGACUGUUGUACGGAAACACCCAAAACCUGAUGUCAUAACCCAGAGUUCACAAUCCCUUUGAGAUGUAACCAAAGAGCAUCUACAUGCCUUUACCAAGAAGCCCACAGCUGAGAUUUUGCUCAUGGACCAUAUGCAUCCUACUUCAACAUAAGAGUAAUCUAUUACAUGACCAUCAAAGAGAUUAGGUGAUUUGCUUCAUUUUACAGUUUGGGUUUGAUGUAGCAUUUCAAACAUCAAUUUAUUAUUUUAGAAACUUCCCAUAGAAAUAGGAAAUAAAAUAUACCGAUUAAUUAGGUACUUGAAUAAAUCAUUUCUGUAGUGUUGUUGAAGGGAAUUUGUUGAAAAACCCAAAACUGUGGCCAGCUGGUGGUACAGAAAAAAGGUUUAAUCUGAUUGAAAUACACAUUCUCUCAUUUUAAAAAGUACCAGAUUAUUCUUGAUGUAUGCAUAUAGUAUGAAAAUUGAAAUUGAAUUAGUAGUUUCAAAAUUAUAGUUGAAUCCACUAAACAAAAGAAAACUCAUGGAUAAGGAUUAAUUUCUACUUGGCCCUAUGUUAGAUUAAUAUAAUUCACAUCUUUAAUAUCUCAAUGCACUAAGAAAUGCAUUUUGUAGAGCUGUGAAUAAUGCUUGCUAUGAUUUUCACCGUUAACACAGUAUAGUCAUAAAAGAAAGCUAAAUACUAUAAAACUAUUAACACAUUUAUGUGUAUGUAUAACAGUUUUGCUUAAGUAUUUAUCUUACUUCAGAAAUAUAUAAAGUCAGGGGCAUCCGAGUGACUCAUUCAGUUAAGCAUCUAACUCAAUUUCAACUCACGUCAUAGUCUUAGAGACGUGAGAUCGAGCCCCAUGGCAGGCUCCACGCUGGGCCUGGAGCUUCCUUAAGAUUCUCUCUCCCUCUCCCUUUACUGCUGCCCCCACCUCAAAAAAUAAAAAAUAAAUAAA